CUAGAGUCGCAUAACCAACGACGAGACGAGCGUGGGAUCGGUCCCAAUACUGCCGCUGCUGCCUGCCUCAUUUGGAAUAGCACGGAAAACCGUUCUUUUUUUCUCUGCGUCCUGAAGAGGCCAAUUUCAGGGAUAGUCCCAUUUGGGCAUUCUUGAUCAUCGGAAGGUUUUUACAGUGUCUAACAGACGACAGUACAGACUGCCAUUAGCGGUAGCAUCUCCAAAAUAAGGCAUCAUGGGAAAACAGAACAGCAAGCUCACCCCUGAGGUGAUGGAGGACCUGGUGAAGAGCACAGAGUUUAACGAACACGAGCUGAAGCAGUGGUACAAAGGGUUCCUCAAAGACUGCCCCAGUGGUAGACUGAACCUGGACGAGUUUCAACAACUCUAUAUCAAGUUCUUCCCGUACGGCGAUGCGUCAAAGUUUGCACAGCACGCCUUCAGGACCUUCGACAAGAACAGCGACGGCACCAUCGACUUCCGAGAGUUCAUCUGUGCCCUGUCCAUCACAUCGCGUGGCAGCUUCGAGCAGAAACUCAACUGGGCCUUCAACAUGUACGAUCUGGAUGGAGACGGCAAGAUCACCCGGGUGGAGAUGUUAGAGAUCAUCGAGGCCAUAUACAAAAUGGUGGGCACUGUGAUCAUGAUGAAGAUGAACGAGGAUGGCCUGACACCGGAGCAACGGGUAGACAGGAUCUUCAGCAAGAUGGAUAAGAAUAACGAUGACCAGAUCUCAUUGGAUGAGUUCAAAGAGGCGGCCAAGAGUGAUCCGUCCAUCGUGCUCCUCUUGCAGUGUGAUAUGCAGAAGUGAGGAGGUGCUUGUCUGUAUAAAACCAGACGUGCACACACUCUGCGGACAGGCAGCACAUGUUUUAAAUGUUUCAUUAAGUUCUUCUUCUUCUCAGCCUUUUCCACAGGAAAAAAAAAUAUGCUUGGACUAUUUUUCAAUGGACUUGCUUCUUGUGGUUGUAUGCAUGAGAAUGUCAAAUAGCGGAAUAAUUUUUAAUAUAUUACAUUACACAGUAUCAUGAUACAUUUAUAUUUUAUCGAACCUGACCUGCCAAUGUGAAUUGUGCACAAGUAAUCCUAUUCCACUUACCCAUUCACUUUUAGGCUAGCUUGUAUAUCAGUGAAGCGCUAUACAUUAAAUGAUUCUGUUCCUGCAGUAUUUAGAUUAUCCAUGUCCACUACUGCAGCUAGCUGCUAAUGCUAAUGCUUAACAUGCUGGUAAUGAACAAUCAUUCCUAUGAUCAUUGUAACUUGUCUCUAUUAAUAGCCAAACUUCUUGAGCUCUUGGAAAAAUAGAGGAGAUCCUUGUUCUUUCCAGAUAAGGUGUUCUGUUCAGACUGACUGGAACUGAUGUGUAGGUUCUAAUAUUUGCAUGCAUGUGUUUUGUGUUCAGACUCUAUACUCGAACCUCUUGUUAAAUUGUUGCAUCUGCAAGCGGGGUAUUCAAGGAGAACCCCCCCCCCCGAAAAGCAUUUGGUAUUGUUGCAUGGGAUGUACAGUAGUGAUUCACCGACCAUUACAUGAUUAACCUUCUGUGGGCGGCUGUUGCCCUCAUAUUUAAUAACGUAUACAUGUGGAAUUAAUGUGACACUUGAGUUCUUGAACGACAGAUAAUAUGGGCCCUGGUUGUAACCUCUCACACAUACAGAAGAUGUAUCUGAAAAUUUAGUAUUGAAUUAAAGCACAGAAGUAAUUGAAAAACUAGAGAAUAAAUCUGCUGCUGAUAAUAUACUACCCACUGGGCAGAAACUGGUUGAAUCAAUGUUAUUUCCACGUUAAAAAAAAGAUAAUCAAAUUGUUUUUUUUUAACCCAACUUUGAACCUAAAACCAAUGACAUGGUGACAUUUGUUGUUGAUUUCAUGUUAGUUGACAACUCAACCAAAUGUAAAUCAAAACUAGAUGUUGAACUGAUGUCUGUGCCCAGUGGUUAUCCAUUAUAUUAUUCUGUUGCUAUCAAUCAAAAUCAAUCAAUCACCAGGCCAAUAAUAAUCUAUCUUCAAUACCAGUCACCCAUCACUCUUAGCAUUGCUGGAUACAUUAUACACCAUAACAUCCUAAUAGGUUGGAUUUCUCAGCCUGUACGUUUGCCCACUAUUUACAAUAGAAAGUUACGUCAUACAUAUCACUAUGUUUACCGUAACACAGAGCAUGGCGUCUGGAGCUCUGUGUUACGUCAUACAUAUCACUAUGUUUACCGUAACACAGAGCAUGGCGUCUGGAGCUUGUAAAUGAAGCGCUUAUUUCCAGAGCAGAAAAGCCUUACAUGAGUUUACCGGACAUACUGCAUUACUACCAACGGUACUUUUAUAUUAAACAUUUUAAAAAUUAUCAAAAAGGUUUCAUCUUCUAAUCUCAAUCUACGUUUACAAUGGUCUUUAAAAGAUGCCGAAUCCUCCACGAGAUACAGGUGCUAGGAUGAAAACAUAGCUUCUGAAACUAAAGGUUGUAGUCCUGUAUCAAAUUUACACCUAUAUGGAUUACAGAUAUUGUGAAAAUGUGUACUUUUUAUUGAACAUAACCAGACUGAUUUACCACUUGGAAGCUAUGCAGGCAUGUACUGGCAGACAGUCCACUUACUGUACCAAUGGAAUCUGGUCCCGUUUUCCAUAGUUCUGGAUACAGCAUCAUGUGGACUUGAAUGCUCAUAGCUGUUUAUUAUCAUUAGUCUAUAUUAUUACUACAUCAGGGUGAUCCUAACUCCAUGGCAACAAUCUUUGUCAAGUAAAUGUUUAUACUAAAUUUAAAAAUCCCAAUUAAAAAAAAAAAAGAAGAUAAGUGUAUUUUGUUACCUUGGUUCUUUUUAUGCAUGUUGCAUGUGUUGCACCCAAAAUGACAUGGUUCCAUUCUUUAUGUAGUACUAAAGAAACUCAAUCAAAUAAACAUCUAUGGGCUUUUACAAAAGG